AUUUAAACAUUUAUAAAAAUGUUACAUUUACGAAAUUUUAAACUUUUCCUGCCAGUAGUUAAAAAAUAUUUACGUUUUCAAAGCUCGGGGCGAACGGAUUACUACGACGAGUGUGCGAAAAAACAAAAUGUUGUUAUUGAGCAUUUACCCGAACGUGAAAUGGUACGCCUUAAGGGCGAUGAUGUUAUUGAGUUUUUACAGGGUCUUGUAACAAAUGAUAUCACACAAUUUCAAAAAAAUCCGAAUAUUAACAGUAUGUAUGCGAUGUUUCUAAAUAAAUCGGGACGGGUACUUUAUGAUACUAUUUUGUAUCGCACCAAGGAUCCGGACAAAGUGCUUAUUGAAUGUGAUAAAAAUAUAUCGAACGAACUGAGAAGGCAUUUACGUCUCCAUCGAGUACGGCGCAAAUUGCAGAUAGAUCCAUCUCAUGAUGAAUAUAAAGUAUGGGCCGUAUACGAUCCCGAUGUGGAUGAAAACGAACCCGAAAAACAAAUAAAUGAAUUGUUUUACUCGAAACAUGUAAUUGUUUCCGCAGAUCCACGACUGCGAAACUUAGGUAAGCGUAUUGUAGCCAGAUCUGAUAACGAAUUCAGUGAUCUCGCUAAAAUGUACGCUCGUCUCGGUCACGUAGUCGUAACACAUCCGACAACUGAUUGGAAUUAUCGUGAUCGCCGCUAUACUUUUGGGAUCGCUGAAGGUAUAUGGGAAAUGCCUCCUGGCAAAUGUUUCCCUUUAGAGUCUAACUGCGAUUUUUUGAAUGGAAUUGACUUUCAUAAGGGAUGCUAUUUGGGGCAGGAGCUGACUGCGCGAGUAUAUCAUACAGGCGUGGUACGCAAAAGGCAUAUGCCAGUACGUUUCACAGUGCCCCCGGCUGAUGCUGAACGCAAAGAUGUUACAUCUCCAAUAGGUGCCAAAGUUGGUACAAUUAUAGGCGCAACAUCUAAUCGAGCAUUGGGUUUAAUUCGAGUCGAGCGCGCUUUGCAUUCUCGUGAUCUUCAAGUCGAUAGUGGUCGCUGCUACGUUGUAAAACCCAAAUGGUGGCCAGAAGAAGAUGCAGACAGAGUGUCGAUUGUUAAGGGCAGCUAAAAAAUAAAUUAAUCUAUUCAAAGCGAAAAACUCUUUAAAACAAUUUUAUUUUAUUUUUAACAAGUUACUUAAUGUUAUUGUCGGACGAUUAAAAGAGAGAGAAAAAAAAAAAAAAACAAAAAGUUUUAUGCAUUGCAAUCGUAUAGAUUUAUUUGCCGAAUAUAUCCGUACCCUUACAAUGCAUAAUUCGAAAAGUAGCUGCUUAUCAAAAGCCAUGGCAUGAAUUUUCU